AUGGCGGAGAGGGCCCUCCCGUUCGCGGUCCAGAAGGACCAGAUAUACUGCGUGCCGCCGCCCAAGAAUGCAUACCACUCCGAGCGGUACAUGACUGAGCGCGCCGGCGGGGGGAAGCGUGACAAGGGCUCGUCGUGCUCCUCGUGCGUCCUGCGCACGCUAGAGUUUCGACACACUCUGGGCUCGGCGCUCGCGGCGCCCGUGCUGCUGGCCGCCGCCGUCACGAUCUCCGUCGUCGUGAUGCGGCCGUACGUCCCGACCUUCACCGUCGACAGUCUGUCCGUCCACAACGCGUCGCGGCAGCAGCACAAGGACUACGACUUCUUCCUGACGGCGGUCAACCCGAACAAGCUGACCGCGCUGUGCUACAAGGACGGCGGGACGGCCAGGCUGCUGCGCCAGGGGACGACCCCGGCGAAGUGCGACGUGGGUGGGCCCGCGGACGGCAGCGAUGACGCCGCGGACUUCAGCGUGCUGCUGCACGGGCUGCAGCACGAAGGCCGCACGCCCAAGGCGGUGGAGAAGGGGCUCCAGGGGUCCAAGGACGCCGUCGCGCUCCAGCUGAUCGUGGAAGUCGCGGUGCAGGUGCACGUUGGCGCGCUCGGGUUCGGGCAGAGGAGGCUGGCGGUGGACUGCGAGAUCAGCGCGGCUGGGCUGAGGAAGGACGCGCACAUUUCGUCGCAGAAUCGCAAGAGCAGCUUCGGGGAACUGACAACGCGCGCGCGCCGUCGUGGCGCUUUUGCAUCGUGGAAAUUGUAG